AGAGAGAGAGUUUUCCCAAGAAUCAUCGAUCCAUUAGAUCAACUUUUAAUCGGAGAAUGAUCCCGUUGUUCACUGUAGAGUAAAAGCUGAAUAACGUGGAUUGGUUUAACUGUUGUCCUUUUACUUAAUUAGUUAAUCGAAAAUUCCUCUCCUCGCUUUCCUGAACCAGAAACAGAGACAAACAAAUGAAACCCAAUAAUCAUAUGCUUGCAUGAAGACAAACUUUGUGGAAUAGAUAUGAUUUGGACUCCCACAUUUGCACUGUAAGAGAUGUGUUUCCAUGAAGUUUCCUCACAGUAGCAUGAAUUGGAUUUAUCAUUCAUGACUUUAUAAAAAACACCAUAUCCAUCUUCAUUCUCAAGUAUCAGGGGGACGAGAAAGGCUGAGUUUUGCUUGUAGACCUCAUUUUUAGCUUGCAAUCUAUCCCAUUGACGAGCAAAGUUUGACAACAUGGGUGUUAAGUUUAAGGUCACUCCGCUGUUAAUGCUGUUGUGCUUCCUUGCACAAGCUUCGUCUGGCCUUUCAUCAUCAUCGAAUGAUGGGUUGUUCAGAAUAAGGCUAAAGAAGAGGAAGCUGGACAUGAUUGACAUUAGAAAAGGGAAAGCCUACAGGGCUUCAUUAAUGAUGAACUAUAGCAUGGCUGGUCAUAACAACAACACCAACAUCACAGAUCCUGAUGCUGGCAUUGUCUCGCUAAAGAACUACAUGGAUGCUCAGUAUUUUGGUGUCAUAGCCAUUGGUACACCUUUCCAAGAAUUCAAUGUCAUUUUUGACACUGGAAGUUCUAAUCUUUGGGUUCCUUCUUCCAAGUGCUACUUCUCUGUGGCUUGCUAUUUCCAUCCCAAAUACAGAUCAAGCCAGUCGAGCACUUACUGCAAAAAUGGAAAAUCAGCUGAAAUUCAUUAUGGAACUGGAGCUAUAUCAGGGUUCUUCAGCAAAGACUAUGUCACUAUUGGGGGCCUCAUUGUUAGGAACCAGGACUUCAUUGAGGCAACUAAGGAGCCUAGUGUCACUUUCCUGGCUGCAAAGUUUGAUGGCAUUCUUGGACUCGGAUUUCAAGAGAUCUCUGUCGGGAACGCUGUUCCUGUUUGGUACAACAUGGUUAAUCAGAGCGUGGUCAAAGAACCCGUCUUUUCGUUUUGGUUUAACCGCAAUGCUGGAGAUAUCCAAGGAGGUGAAGUUGUGUUUGGUGGAAUGGAUACUAGUCAUUUUGUCGGUAAUCAUACUUAUGUCCCCGUGACAGAGAAAGGCUAUUGGCAGUUUGAUAUGGACGAUGUUCAAAUCAAUGGGAAAUCAACAGGUUUCUGCUUGGGUGGCUGUCCGACCAUUGCUGAUUCUGGCACUUCGUUAUUGGCAGGACCUUCGCGUGUAGUAGCAGACCUGAAUCGGGCAAUUGGAGCCACAGGAGUUGUGGGCCUCGUAUGCAAGUCGGUGGUUACUCAAUAUGGAAUGACUAUUCUGGACAUGCUGAAACAAAAGGUUGAUCCUCAAAAGAUUUGCCCUCAAAUUGGCUUAUGCACCUCUCUAUCUGGCAAUGAGGAUGACAGCAUUCGGAUUAAGAUGGUGGGUGAGUUGGAGAAGGAAGAAUCAACGACGACUCCGGGUGGGAACAGCAACCUCAUGUGUACGGCUUGUCAAAUGAUUGUUGUGUUUAUUCAGAAUCAUAUGAGGCAAAAUGAGACCGAGGAUCAAAUCCUAAACUUCAUUAACCAGUUCUGUGAGAGAUUGCCGAAUCCAAUGGGUGAAUCUGCUGUUGAUUGUGAUUCUCUCUCGAGCAUGCCUAAUGUCACACUGACCAUUGGUGGCAGAGACUUUGAUCUUUCUCCUCACCAGUAUAUCCUGAAAGUUGGCGAGGGAGUUGCACAACAAUGCAUAAGCGGAUUUACAGCGUUUGAUGUGCCUCCCCCUCGGGGACCUCUCUGGAUUCUGGGAGAUAUUUUCAUGGGGCAAUACCACACGGUUUUUGACUAUGGGAAAAUGAGAAUUGGAUUUGCUGAAGCUGUGGGAGUGAAUGGAGAAGAAGAUGAAGAUCUUAAUUCCUAGUCAAUAUAUUGUGUUAAGGUUUGGAAACACCAUUUUGCAAUAAACUCUUGUAAAAUAUUUAUGUUUUUAAUUUAUGUUUGAAUUGGGGGAUAGUCUUCUUUUGCAAGGAGUUUAAAGUACUCUUUACAUUGCAAGCAAAGUUGUAACCUUUUUGAUAGUGUGUCAGUGUCUUAAAAAUGCUGACUUAAUUUAAAGAAAUAUAUCUUCUUGUUGU